UAAAUCGUUCCUCUCUUUCUCCUUCUCUUCUCCGUCUUGUGGAACACAGACAGGGAGGGGGUUUAAGAAUUCCGAAAGGUUCAAUAAACUUUAAACUUUAGCGAAAUAUCAUCCUUUUACGAUGGCGGAAGAGACGGUGAGGAUUCGUCUGGUGUUUGAGGAUCAACGGAUUCUGAGCAAGUGCCAGAAGAAGCAAGGUCUAAAGAGGAGCUGGGUUGUUCUGAAUCCUAAAUAUCAUCCAACUGUUUCACAGUUUUCUAAUCAUAUCCUCUACACAUUUAGCCUCUUCGAAGCUUGUCCUCAUGGCCUCUCUCUAUAUAUGGAUGGGUUCGUUUUGCCGCCGUUCGAGUCGAGCUGUGUGUUAAAGGAUAAAGAUAUCGUUUGUGUUAAGAGAAAGAAGGAAGCUUUGCUGGAGAUUGUUGAGGAAGACAGCGAGGAGAAUGUUUGUGCUGCGGUUGAGGCUGAAGAAGAGAGGGCUCGGAUUCUUCCUGGUGCGCUGCUGCUUAUUGAUAACGAGGAGUUCCAGAAGGAAACUGGAGGAUAUGAAAGUGAGUCUGAGGAAGAAGAGAUUGUGCCAGAGAAGAAGACUUCAAAGAAACGUAAAGCUUCAAGCAAAAGCAUAAGCUCCAGGAGUAAGAAGUGUAAGCUAGCUACUACUACUACUAGUAGUGAAGAAACUCCACUGGAAAGAGAAGACGCAGCUGUUGUAAACAAGAGCAAUGCUGUAAAGAAGAGGAAAACAUUGGACGUACAUAGAACUGAAAAUGAUGAACAGAUUGAUGAUGCUAACGCCAAGUCUAUGACCAAGUCGAAGAAGUCCUCGCUUCAAGAAGAGUGCAAUGAACCUGACGAACUGUGCGACAUGUCUGCUGAAACUAAAAAGACACCUAGUAGAAGUGCUCGGCGUAAAAAGGCUAAACGGCAAUGGCUGAGAGAAAAGACAAAACUAGAGAAGGAAGAGCUUCUACAGAACCAGAUGGCUUUAGCACCCAUCCAAAAACCAGCUAUCACUAUAAUAGACUACCAAGUAACCAAGGAAAAUCUCUCUGAACCUCUCGAAAAGCAGCAGCCAGAUGAAGAUGGUGAUGGCGUUGGGGAUGAAGUGGUUCCUGUUGAAGUGAGACCAGGCCACAUUCGCUUCAAGCCGCUCGAUGAAACAGAUGAAGCUUCCCCUGAAACUGAACCUCCUGCGGAAAAUAUCUUGUGGAAUGGAAACAUGACGAAGAAGAAAGGCCAAAAAUGGGGUACAGAGAAGACAGGAUUUUCCAAAAGGUAUACUCGGGAUUUGAAUGAAGAAGAUACUUAUCACACACAGCCCGCUGAGGCAGAGACGCUUGCUAACGGUCAGAUAGACUAUGAACAGCUUGUGGCAUACACUGGCUCAGUAAAGAAAGGAGAUAUUAUUGCGUACCGCCUCAUUGAGCUGACAUCAUCUUGGACUCCCGAAGUUUCCUCCUUUCGAGUGGGAGAGAUAAGCUACUAUGAUCCAGGCUCCAAGAAGGUGACGUUGAUGCCUGUUGAAGAGUAUCCAAUUGAGAAGAAGACAGAAGAGGACGAGGAUUCAUCAAUGCAAGCUGAUACAUCUCUUUAUAAAGAAGACGGAUCCUUGGAGGUUGAGUUUUCUUCUCUGCUGGAUGUCCGCAGCAUCAAAACUAGCAGCUCAGACGUCUUGGAAGUCGCAAACAAGCCUGACCAAUCAGCUACUAAUGUAAAGCUGAGCACAAACAGCAACGGUUUGCAAACCACUGUGAAAGAGAAUGGAAAAGGGGACCCUUGGGAAGAACUAAGUGAAGCUCUAAGUGAGAAAAAGGCAAAACUGUGUGAAGCUAACAAAGGGUGGAACAAGAAAGGGAGUUCACGUAGAGGGUCGUGGAGGAGAGGUAGCGGAAUGGGUCCUCUCAUGAACUAUCUAAGAUCUCAGAAAGAGAUAUGAGCAAUUAAUUAAGUUAGGGUCUCUGAUUGUUUUUUCUUCAUUCUUGAUCAUUUUGGAUUUGGAAAAAAACUCAGUCAAAAGAAAAAGAAAACCGUUUUUUUUUUGUUA